AUGGACAGAUUAAUAACUUUGGAGCCAUCCAAUGUGGUUGUAAUACGUGUCGAACAAGGCCAAAAGUGUACCGGUAAGCUCACUUUAAGAAACGUCAUGUACACCAUGCCAGUGGCCUUCCGCCUACAACCGGUGAAUAAGCUCCGGUACACCGUCCGUCCACAGUCUGGAAUCAUAUAUCCACUGACAACUGUCACUCUGCAGAUCAUUUAUGAUCUCCCGCCAAAUUCCACACUCCCGGAAUCAUACCCUUACUGUGGUGAUCCGUUCUUCUUGCACAGCGUGGUGGUUCCCGGUGCCGGAGUUAAGAACAGUUCUAACGAUUCAGUCCCUAGUGACUGGUUUACUACAAAAAAGAAGCAAGUGUUCGUCGAUAGUGGAGUCAAGAUCAUGUUUGUCGGAUCAAUGGUGAUCGCCAAACUCAUCACCAACGGAUCUAUAGAUGAAAUAAGAGACGUGUUAGAAAAGAGUGACCCAUCUUGGAAAACGGUAGAUUCUGUUGACUCCGAAGGUCAGACUUUACUUCAUUUAGCAAUCUCUCAACAUCGAGCCGACCUGGUUCAAGUCCUACUCGAGUUCGAGCCGGAUAUAAUGGCUCGAGCUCACUCAGGAUCAACCCCACUUGAAGCUGCGGUAACCUCAGGUGAAGGUUUGAUUGUGGAGCUCUUGUUGGCGCAUAGAGCAGUCAUAGAGCGGGUUGAGCCAUCUACAUAUGGCCCGAUCCAUCUAGCAGCUGGAUCUGGUCAUAUCGACAUUCUGAAGCUCCUUUUAUCAAAAGGUGUUAAUGUCGAUGAGCUGACGAAAGACGGGAAUACCGCUUUGCACAUGGCGGUGGAGGGGCGGAGACGAGACUGUGCACGGUUGUUGUUGACUAGCGGUGCAGAGACUAAUAUAUGUAAUGGUAAUGGAGACGAGACUCCGUUACAUAUAGCUGCAGCUCUUGGAGAUGAUAACAUGGUGAAGCUUUUAUUACAAAAAGGAGCUAAUAAGAAUAUUAUAAAUAGAUUUAAGAAAACAGCGUAUGAUGUUGCUAAUGAGCAUGGACAUACACGGCUGUUUUCUGUACUCGGGUUAGGUGAUACCUUGUGUAUGGCUGCAACGAAAGGUGAUAUUAGAACCGUUAAUAAGCUUCUUAAAGGUGGAGUGGCCAUUACCGGUGAAGAUCAGAAUGGAUGGACGGUUUUACACCGGGCGUCGUUUAUGGGAAGGACUGAUGUGGUUAGGGUUUUGAUUAAAAAUGGCGUUGAUAUUGAUGCUAGAGAUGAAGAUGGGUAUACUGCUUUACACUGUGCUGUGGAAUCUGGGCAUGUUGAUGUGCUUGAGUUGUUAGUGAAAAGAGGUGCUGAUGUGGAAGCAAGAACGAAUAAGGGUUUCACGGCGAUGGAAAUUGCAGAGUCUCUGAAUUACGCCGGAAUCACAAGAGUUCUCGCCGAUGGAAAUAAAACCGGUGGUAAAUCCGGAGUUGGAAUGAGCCCGAUGAAGAAGAGGAGUACUCAGGCACGAGUGAUUCGUGGUAGCUUUGAUCGAUCUGCUUCACCAUUGACUGUGAUAUAA